AGGUUGUGAUGAAAGGCCAAAUUCAAUCAAUCGUGGAAAUUUUCUUCAAAUAGUGAAAUUGCUGGGAUCAUAUAAUGAUAAUGUUGCUAAAGUAUUGGAUAAAGCUCCGAAAAAUGCCUCUUACACAUCACCAAAGAUUCAAAAAGAAAUUUUACAUAUUUUUUCAACCAAAGUGAAGAACGCAAUUCGUGAAGAAAUUGGUGAUGCGAAGUAUUGCAUAAUUGUUGAUGAAGCUCGUGAUGAGUCAAAGAAGGAGCAAAUGGCUAUAGUUUUGAGAUUCGUUGACAAAGAUGGUUUUAUAUUCAGAAUAUUUGAGGACAAGGAUACGAUGGUGCAAGCAAUAUGCGAGUUGGCUUUAGUGGCAACAUCGAAAGAUGUUAUCCCAAUUCAUAAAUUUUUUCCUAAAUUGACUUUUGUUGUCAAUAUUGUUGGUGCCUCAUGCAAGCGCAAUGAUGAAUUAAAAGUUGCGCAAGCUGCUGAAAUUGAACAUAUGAUUGACAUUGAUGAACUCGAGACUGGAAAGGGACUUAACCAAAUUAGCACUUUACAACGAGUUGGAGAUACUCGUUGGAGUUCUCACUUCAAGUCAGUUUCAAGCUUAAUAAAAAUAUUUAGUCCAACAUGUGAAGUUCUUCUUAAUAUCAUUAAUGAAGGAACAACUUCUGCCCAACGAGGAGAUGCAGACUCAGCUUAUGAAACAUUGACUUCAUUUGAAUUUGUCUUUAUUUUGCAUCUCAUGAAAGAAAUGUUGGAGAUCACUGAUUUACUUUGUCAAGCUUUGCAAUGCCGAUCUCAAGACAUCUUAAAUGCAAUGAAUCUAGUUUCAUCUACCAAGGCACUUCUGCAAAAGUUUAGAAAUGACAAAUGGGAUGCUUUACUAGCCAAUGUGCAAUCAUUUUGCGAGGUACGUAACAUAGAUGUCCCGAAUAUGAAUGCUCCUUAUAUUAGAACAAGAGGUCGAGCUCGUGAUCAUCAAGAUGAAUUUACAAUUGAGCAUUAUUAUCGAGCAGAUAUUUUUUAUGCUGCAAUAGAUUCUCAACUACAAGAAUUAAAUGGCCGGUUCAGUGAACAUGCAAUAGAGUUGCUUAAUCUUAGCUCAGCUCUAGAUCCUCGAGAUGUGUCUGAAACUUUUAGAAUCGAUGAUAUUUGUCGAUUAGUAGAAAAUUUUUAUCUACAAGACUUCAAAGAUCAAGAGAAAAUACAGUUGAGAAUGCAACUUCACCAUUACGAGCAUAAUGUAGUUCAGCAUGCAGAUUACAAAAAAUUGUCGACUAUUUUUGAAUUGUGUCAGUGGUUGGUAAAGACAAACAAAUCUACGAUCUAUCAACGUGUUUAUAGAGUGAUUACACUUGUUCUUACUCUUCCAGUUUCUACUACAACUACGGAGCGAUCAUUUUCAGCCAUGAAAAUUGUCAAAAGUAGACUUCGUAACAAAAUGGAAGAUGAAUUUCUUACAAACUCUUUGCUUGUGUACAUUGAAAAGGAAAUUGCUGAAAAUUUUACCACAGAGUCAAUCAUUGAAGACUUUCGAGAUAUGAAAGAACGUCGAGUUCCACUUUAA